AUGACUCACGCAAGUUACCACACCGCUUUGCUUCUUCUGCUGUCUUCCAUGCAUCGGCUAGUAAGCUCUCUAGCCUCAAACCCUCUUCAACUUUCAGCUACAGCGGACGAAGUUCCUGCCAUCAUCAACAGUGAUCCUCCCAUUACGAAUCUGUCCCAGAGACCCGUUCUCCAGCCCAAAGAAAGCAUCCCGCCUGAGUUUCUGUACACCUUGAGGAGCCCUCAGGGCAAAGUGUGUGUGCGGGCCAGUUUGGGAGUGGAGUACAUGGUGCGAGAGAACAAAAAGAAGUAUUAUUUCAACGUGAAUCCCAGCUUUACACGAGUCAGGGGAGAAUGUGGGAGCCAAAAGUCUGUUUUCUCACUGGAGUUUGAUGGUGGACAUCUGGAGUUCACUUUCAUCAAGGAAGGUGAUCUCUCCUAUGUGAAUACUGUCAGAGGUCUUCUGAGACCUGUUCCCCCUUGUAAAAAUUGCCAGACUAAGGCCUACGUAGGAGUUGUAAAUCACGAAAAGCUAUUCAAAGCAAAAAAUGGCCUAAGCUUCCAAUGCAAGUCUCAGACAACUCUGAUACUGGCAAGCUACUUCGGAGUCAAACUGGUGCCACUCCAGAUUCAAGCCUUUGAUCUGAAUAAUGAAGCGUUUGGAAAAGAGGUUGAGUGCUGGGAUGAUUACAACAAGCGCAUGAUCCCCAUUAUUCUUGGUGCUGUAGCUGCAGCCGUUUGCCUCAUUGCCAUUCUGACGUAUGUGCUCGUCAGAGAACGCCGUAACCAAGGCUACGAACAACUCUGA